AUGUUCUCGAUCGCUGCGAUGAAAGAGCAAACGAACCCCCCGAAAGGUUGUCCACCCAUACUUCAUGGUGCGAUUGUAGUUGCUACUGUCUGCUGUGCUUUUGACACAACGAUCACAGCCUCGAGACUGCGAGGCGGAGGACACGAAACAGUCUUCUCGUCAAAGUUUCUGAGGUGGAUGAAAGUCUGUACUGCUGAGUUCAUCUUAUUUCAUGCUAGUUCUGAGCUGGGGAAUGAUGGUCCAAACGACAAUGUGCCAGGUUUGUUGUAUCUUGUCUGCAUCCGCCAUGAUUUCUGGUUUCUGGUAGAGCAAGCAUCCAACCAGGCAGCAGGUCAAGAUACGGAUGCAAACCAGGGCACAGCAAAUGCGGGAAGGAUGGCGGAGGACUCAAAAUCUUUGGACCUUGAAUUCACGUCGUCAUCUGCAGGUUCGAUGGUUCUUGAGAGUGCGGUGCUAACAUCGACUCAGGUCAACAGUAUCCGCGAAGAGCUGAACAGUCACAAGGCAGAUAUGGAAGGCCUUCGCGUGGACGAUUUUCAAGGGGAUCACGAGGAAAUUACAGAAAUUUUGGAGAGAAUCCUGAGGAUGGGAAUUCGAGGACAUGGAGUGAGAGUGGAAUUCUGCUCGCCUUCGAACGAUGACAGAUCCAUUUGA